AUGGAUGGCUUUGGCCUUUGUUUCUCCAAUCACUGGUUCCCCCCUCAGACAAGAACUCGACGCAGGACCACUAGAGCCAGACGUCUACAGGGGCAGAGGGGGGGAGGGGGGGGGGCAACAGCUGAGUUGACACGCCUGGAGGCCAGGCAGAACAUCCCACCUCCAAGCCCUUUACCUCCUCUACCUUCCCCAGACCCUCCCCAGGAUCCCUACCCAGGAUCCCUCCCCAGGAUCCCUACCCAGGAUCUCUCCCCAGACCCUCCCCAGGAUCCCUACCCAGGAUCUCUCCCCAGACCCCCAGGAUCUCUCCCCAGACCCUCCCCAGGAGACCCCCUCCCCACCCAUACCCCCCCUAGGAGCCCCUCCCCUAGGAGCCCCUCCCCCAGGAGCCCCUCCCCAGGAGCCCCUCCCCAGGAGCCCCUCCCCCAGGAGCCCCCCAGGAGGCCCCCCAGGAGCCCCCCUCCCCAGGAGCCCCCUCUAGGAGCCCCCUAUACUGAUUGUCACUGUGACGACCAUGAGAGUGGUUCUAGCUCUACCAGUCGCAGCGCCUCAGAGAGCUCCAAGACCCUUCCCAAGCCCCGUCGCCUCCAGCAGGCCGCCCCCUCCGACCCAGACCUGCCCCCAGGCUACGUCCAGAGUCUGAUCCGUCGGGUGGUGAACAACGUCAACAUUGUGGUCAACAACCUGAUCUUGAAGUACGUUGAGGACGACAUCGUCCUGUCUGUCAACAUCACCUCUGCUGAGAGUUACACCGUCCAUGAGUUCUGGGACCGAGCCUUUAUGGACAUCACAGCUCCUGACCUGGUGCUUCGUAAAGUGAUCAACUUCAGUGACUGUACGGUGUGUCUGGAUAAGAGGAACGGCAUUGGGAUGAUCCAGUUCUACCAGGAUCCUCUCCUCUACAAGUGUUCCUUCAGGACCCGACUCCACUUCACCUACCAGAACAUCAACUCUAAGAUCCCUGCUGUCAUCAAGAUCCAGACGAUGGUGGAGUCCCUGAAGCUGUCCAUCACAGACCAGCAGCUGCCCAUGUUCAUCAGGAUCAUGGAGCUGGUCCUCAGCCUCUACUACGGAGAGAUAGGAGGAGGGAAGGACGGAGAGGCGGAGGAGGGGAGUGGACAUGGAGAGGUCAUCACUACACCAGGUCUGGACGGAGACCCAGAGGCCCAGGUCAUGGCAGGACAGUACCCCAGCCCAGAGCAUUACAUGCAGGGGGAGGAGGGGGACCAGGGCUGGGUGUCCUGGGCCUGGUCCUUCGUCCCAGCCAUCGUGGGAGCUGAGGAUGAGGAGGGAGAGGAAGGCUUCUACCAGCAGGGGGAGGAGGGAGGCCGGUCCAGCCCACAGCAGAACCCACCUAAAGACCCUGUUGUCUCCAUAGGCUUCUACUGCACCAAGGCCUCUGUCACAUUCAAGGUAGGAAGACCAGGGAGGGAGUGUGUGUCUGUGUGUGUCCAGAGUUGGAAUAUUGUGGAAUGUGCUAGAAUUAAAAUAUACAAUUAUUUGUCUCUCUCUCUGUCUGUCUCUGUCUCUCUCUCUGUCUGUCUCGGUCUCUUUCUUUGUCUGUCUGUCACUGUCUGUCUCGGUCUCUGUCUGACUCUCUCGGUGUCUCUCUCUGUCUCUCUCGGUGUCUCUCUCGGUUUCUUUCUUGGUCUCUCUCCGUCUUGGUCUCUCUCGGUCUCGGUCUCUCGCUCCGUCUCUUUCUCUCUCCCUCUCCUUCUCCGUCUCUCUCCGUCUCGAUCUCUCUCCUUCUCCUUCUCUCUCGGUGUUUCUCUCUGUCUCUCUCGGUGUCUCUCUCUGUCUCUCUCGGUGUCUUUCUCUGUCUCUCUCCGUCUCGGUCUCUCUCCGUCUCGGUCUCUCGCUCUGUCUCGGUCUCUCUCUCUGUCUCGGUCUCUCUCCUUCUCGGUCUCUCUCCUUCGCCUUUUCCGUCUCUCUCCGUCUCGGUCUCUCUUUCCGUCUCGGUCUCUCUCCUUCUCGGUCUCUCUCUUCCCUCGGGUUCAGAUCAGUCAGAUCAUGUUUCUGCAUUAG